AUGCAUUACGCACCGUUAAGAAGUAUACUACAAUUAAGUUCUUCAUAUUUAGAUAAUACUCCAAAUAUUAUAUUAAACGAUGACAUUGAAAUUACUGAAAACCCAAAACAAUUAAGUUCAUCAUAUUUAGAUAACACUCCAAGUAUUAUAUUAAAUGAUGAUAUAGAAAUUAAUGAAAAUCCAAAACAAUCAAGAAAAAAUGUUAUUGGUAAUGAUGAUUGCUUAAAAAAUCAAUCACAUAUAUGGAGUGACCCUGGAAACUGGCCUAGCCAUAUAGACAGUCAAAUAAGAUAUUAUGAUAUAAUUAAGUUAGGACCAAUACGCUUAGUGGAUUAUGAAUUUCCAAAUACUCUUCAAAAUGAUGGCUCUAAACGAAAAUUUACCAAAAACUUGUAUACAAGAAAUUUAAUAAAUGGUGAAAAAACUGAUAGAGUUUGGCUUGUUUAUUCGAUUACGAAAAACUGCGUGUUUUGUUAUAGUUGUAAGCUUUUCUCUUCUGAAAACCUCCACCUAAACCAUCUAAGUACUAUCGGAACAAACGACUGGAAACACUUGCCUGAGAAACAUAUAACUCAUGAGCGUUCUGUUCAGCAUUUUAAAUCUAUUGAAGCCUGGACAGAAUUUAAAAAAAGAAUUUUGAAAGAAAAAUGUAUUAAUCAACAACAUUUAUCUAUUAUUGAGAAGGAGAAAAUUCAUUGGACAAAUGUACUGAACAGAAUUUUAUCAGUCAUUCAUUAUUUAGCUGCUCAUAAUGAUGCAUUUCGAGGUUCAUCAGAUGUACUUUAUACUAAAAGUAAUGGGAAAUUUCUUGGCUUAAUAGAAAUGCUGGCGAAAUUCGAUCCAGUAAUAAUGGAACACGUUAACAGAAUUAAAAAUAAAGAAACACAUGUCCAUUAUCUAGGUCAUAGAAUACAAGACGAAAUUAUUAAUAUGAUGGCCAAUGAAAUCAAGCAAAAAAUAAUAAGAAACAUACAGUCUGCUAAGUAUUUUACGAUUAUAAUGGAUUGCACUCCAGAUAUUGAACACAGCGAGCAACUUGCUAUUCUUUUGCGAAUAGUACACAUGGACGAAGAAAACGAAUACAAUACACCUACUAUACAGGAAUAUUUCUUAGAUUUUAUAAAGGUCGAUUCUACAACUGGCUUAAAUUUAUCUGACGUUCUGAUGAAACAACUUAAACUAUAUAAAAUAAACAUUGAAAAUUGUCGAGGUCAGGCCUACGAUAACGGAUCGAACAUGACAGGAAGAUAUCAAGGAGUUCAAACCCGAAUCUUAAAUAUAAAUCCACGAGCAUUUUUCACUCCUUGCGCUGCCCAUAAUUUAAACUUAGUCCUGUGUGAUGCUGCCAAAAAUUCAACUAUAGCCAUUACAUUUUUUGGUAUAGUUCGACGUGUUUAUACUUUAUUUUCUGCAUCAACAUGUCGCUGGAGUAUUAUUCAAAAACAUUGUACAGUGUUCACGGUUAAACAAUGGUCAGAGACGAGGUGGGAGAGCCGUAUAGUGUGA